AUAUUUUACAUCGAGGAUUCUCACGAAAUGAAAAAUUGUACACCCAAUUCCUUUUUUACAGCAUGUCCAAGUCGACUGUAUUCAUCACCGGAGCUUCAGGGUUCAUCGGUGCCCAAAUCACCGCAUUCGCGUUACGCGCUGGGUACAAUGUCAAGCUGAGCGUUAGGCGUGAAGCGCAGAUAGACGCUCUGCGCCGAGCGUUCAGCGAGUUUGCGGACAAUCUGGACUUCGUUGUUAUUCCAGACUUAACCAAGGCGAAGGCCUUCGACACUGCGCUUCAGGGUGCCGAGCACGUUAUUCAUGUGGCCUCGCCUUUGCCCGGACCAAACGAAAAGGACCUCCUCACUCCGGCAGUCAAAGGCACGACGUCGAUAUUGGAAUCAGCGUUGCAUGUGCCUUCCAUCAAGAAGGUUGUGAUCACCGCGUCAGUUGCUUCACUCGUUCCGCUUGGAAAGGGCGUGGACGGCACUGUUGUGACAGAGGACAUCGCAAAGGAGAAGCUCUAUUUCGAUGAGUCGAUUGUUCCAUCCCUCAAUCCAGGGGAACAAUACCGCGCCAGCAAGCUCGCCUCAUACACUGCCACACUCGACUUUGUCGAGACGAAAAAGCCUCACUUCUCUGUUGUUACGCUUCACCCCGUGUACGUCUUCGGGCGCAACCUGCUGCAGACGCGCGCCGACGAGCUCUCCGGCACAAACGCCAUGCUGUUCGAGUCGUUGUAUGCCGAGGAACCUCGCUUUGCGCCUUACCGCGGCGUGCACAUUGACGACGUCGCCGAGGCGCAUAUCAGAGCCCUGAACCUGGCUGACGCGCCGGUGUCCUCGUUUCUUCUGUCCGGGAAGAACAGAAGCUGGGAGGAGGUGCUGGAGUUCGCGAACAAGAAGUACCCGGGAGCAGGGUUCAAGGCAAAGCCCAAGACUGGCGAUGAGUUGAUCGUUGUGACUGCUCGUGCCGAAGCAGAGCUGGGGUUCUCCGCCUGGAAGGAGAUGGAGGUGCAAGUGAGUGACGUUAUUGAGCAACAGCUCCAUCUUCGCAGCGCCGGUGCAGGUUCAUAGUUCACUGCAUAGUAGGAGACUUGAUUGAUACUGCGGUCACGGAUCAGUGUUGAUUUAUCCGUGAGGCCUAGAGUUGAACAUGAGUCUUUUCUUCCACUUUCCAACGCGCUUAUCCCUGUAAUGUGGACAUUCGCUUUCGUGGGAAGACGGUGGUGCGGCGUGAAGUAGUGGACUGGGUGCUGGAGUAGCGAGUAGCGCAAGCAGUGCGCGCAGUGCAGCGCGGUGCAGUAGUGAGAU